AUGUUUCUUCGUCCUCAGACAUCUCUGGGAUUACAGGAUAAUUUUAAGUGGAAUAAUAAAUCGACCAAACUAUUUCUUGAAUCAUAUAAAGAGAGAAAAGAACAAUUUCGAAAUCCAAAAAUAAAAAUGAAAUUAUUGUGGCUGGAAAUUGCACAAGUCUUAAAAGUAAAUGGAUACACAAAUGAAAAUAUGGUAGAUAUACUUGAUUGGAAAAUGAGAAAUAUGAAGAGAUCGUAUAAGACAAUAAAAGAAAAUAAGAAAAGUACGACAGGACGAGAAUGCAUCAGUUGGGAGUAUUAUGAUAUUUUUGAAAACCUUUUUGCUGAAGAUCCCUCAACACAUAAAUCUACUUUGAACAUUAAUAAAAAUAAAAAUAAAAGUGUAUAUAAUAUGAGGAAAAAGCAAUUAGAAAUUGAAGAACAAAGAAUAGAAGCAAUUAAACAUUUAAAAGAAUUAUUAGAUGAAAACAAUAAGUUACAAAAAGAACGGAAUGAUCUCAUAAAAGAAUUAUUAUUACAUAGAUAA